UUUAUAGCAUCUCAUAAAUAAAGAAAACAGUAUGAGUGCAGCAGUAAAAUUGGUUUUGGCUGUGGUGUUGAUGUCGGCAGUAGAUGCGGAGAAGACAGUAGACCCUGACGCACACAUGAGCCACUUUAUAGCAGAUAUCUGGCUCGAGGGAGCCGAUGUCGUCAGAAUCCUGUGGAGAGACUGCUCAAAGAAACUAGUCGACGUGAAAGAUGUGAUCGACCACAAAGAAUACUUUCCGAAAUUCGUGCGUUGUAUGAAACGUAAAACCUUGAGGGCAUUGGACCGAUCGCUCAGCACAGACAUAGUGCCCAUUGCUGAAGGGGUCAAUUUAGUGCGGUUCGAGAUGGUGGACAGGACUGGAAAUGUGAUGCCCGACAACUAUACCAGCUCGUGGUCAGAGAAGGAGCUCGAGGAAGGCGAGUGGCGCACUCUCGCGAUGCAGCGGAUGGCGAAGGUACUUCGAACGCAUGUCAUCAAGUUCGACCUCGAGGAUGCGAAGACGCUAGAAAAAGUUGAGUUCCGAGGUCGCCGCCGCCAUCAGAUGAUGGUGAUGAUGAUGUUUGGCAUCGUGUCUAUCGGAAUGGUGUUGAUACCCAUGGGCUUCCAGUUCCUCGCCGUUCUGGGCGGGAAAGCUCUCCUACUUGCCAAAAUGGCUCUAAUCUUAGCCUCUAUACAAGGAUUGAAAAAGAUCGGUACAAGUCCGCUGAACUACGGAUUCUACCAUUCUUACCCCCCUUACGAUCAUUACGAGAAGCGAAGCGGAGACUGGCCUCCCCCCUCCGUGAUGGCCGGCACGCCCCCGCCGCUCUCGCGCUCGUGGUCCAAUCUCGACACCGGAAACAUCAAGACUGACAGAAUACAUUUAGCCGCCUAUACUGAAGCUAAUGAUAUUAAAGGGGAAACGCCAAAGUUUGUUCAAAGAGAAUCAGAGUCGAGAGUGUAUCCAGUGUACCCCGGACCAGAUGCGAUACCUUCGUUCACUGUUAUAGAUUCGCCUACGCCAUUGAUAACUGAUCUAACAACGACUCCAGGGGAGGUCCAAGCAGAUUAUGCCUUGGAGCUCCCCUACAAUGGAUUUCGCUUUCAAAGUCCCACUCCUGUCGUUUCAUCUUAACGUGUUAACUGGAUACUUUCGCGCACUUUAUGAGAUAGUUUAUAGUAUGUUUUCGUAUGUGGUGCGAAUUCUGUUUCCAAGUAGACAGAUUUUAUUUUAUUUCCUUUCGCCUGUUGGAGGUCCGAUAUUGG